UCGCCGUCGCCGUCGUCGUCUCGUCGUCUCGUCGCCUCUACGUCUCGUCGUCAUCGUCGUCGUACGUCGCAUCGGUCACACGGUUUUCUCACCCCCUCUCCACCACAAAAUUAAACACCCCCACGCGACACGCGUUCGCGGCGUGCGUGUUAUGUGCCGGCAUGGUGCUAGGCGGCGAAUCCGUUGUCGGUGAACUCGGUGCGGCCGCCACCAAACUGGACCCGUCCUGCAACAUCGGGCUGUUCUCCGCGCUCAGGCCAGCCAUGGACCUGUCGACGGCCGCGUACCGGUACAACCAAAACAUGAUGGAAUACUACACGUGUCACGGUGGUGUAAAUCAACUGGGCGGAGUGUUCGUAAACGGCCGACCGUUACCGGACCUGGUCAGGCAGAGGAUAGUCGAACUGGCUCACAACGGGACCCGGCCGUGUGACAUAUCCAGACAGCUCAGAGUUUCUCACGGAUGUGUUUCAAAAAUCUUGUCCAGGUAUUACGAAACUGGAAGUUUCAAAGCUGGAGUAAUUGGAGGUAGCAAACCAAAAGUGGCUACUGCGCCUGUUGUAGAUUCCAUUGCGAACUACAAACGAGAGAAUCCUACUAUGUUUGCUUGGGAAAUCCGAGACAGACUGUUGGCAGAAGGUGUUUGUACUCAAGACAACGUACCCAGCGUUUCGUCAAUCAAUCGGUAA